AUGGAGGUCUUCUACUACAUGGUGUUUGGGAUAUUGGGGGUGGUGGUGGCAGCGACGGAGCUCAGCAAGAGCAACAAAGACCGAAUCAAUACGUCGUCCACUUUUAAUAGCUUCAAGAACAAUUACCUUUUCGUUUACUCUCUCAUGAUGGCCGGGGACUGGUUGCAGGGUCCUUAUGUCUACUACCUGUACAGUACAUAUGGAUAUGGAAAAGGAGACAUUGGACAGCUAUUCAUUGCCGGUUUUGGCUCCUCCAUGUUGUUUGGAACAAUUGUUGGAUCUCUGGCAGAUAAACAGGGCCGAAAGAGGGCAUGUGUGACUUAUUGUAUAACUUACAUACUGAGUUGCAUCACCAAGCAUUCUCCUCAAUACAAGGUUUUGAUGUUGGGUCGUAUUUUGGGAGGUAUUGCCACAUCACUUCUAUUUUCAGCAUUUGAAUCAUGGCUUGUUGCAGAACACAACAAGAGAGGCUUUGAACAACAAUGGUUGUCAAUAACAUUCUCAAAGGCAAUAUUUCUUGGCAAUGGUGUUGUUGCUAUCUUGGCUGGGUUGCUUGGAAAUACGCUUGUUGAUGCACUGGCUCUCGGGCCUGUGGCACCCUUCGACGCUGCUUCGUGCUUUCUCACAAUCGGAAUGUUUGUAAUUCUAUUCUCAUGGACAGAGAAUUAUGGAGAUCCUUCAGAGAACAAGGAUUUGCUUACCCAAUUCCGGGGUGCUGCUGUGGCCAUUGCUUCUGAUGAGAAAAUUGCAUUACUGGGUGCGAUACAGUCUCUGUUUGAAGGUUCUAUGUAUACCUUUGUUUUCCUCUGGACCCCUGCUUUGAGCCCAAAUGACGAGGAUAUUCCACAUGGCUUUAUUUUUGCCACAUUCAUGUUGUCUUCGAUGUUUGGAAGCUCCCUUGCAUCUCGGUUGAUGGCUCGCCAAGCACCCAGAGUAGAGAGCUAUAUGCAGAUUGUCUUUGCCGUCUCAGCUGCCUCUCUUCUGCUUCCCAUUGUGACCAGCUUCUUGGUAGCACCUUCGAAGGAGAAAGGAGGGAGCAUCUCUUUUGCAGGUUGUAUCCAGCUUCUUGGGUUCUGUGCCUUUGAGGCUUGUGUAGGACUAUUCUGGCCGUCCAUUAUGAAGAUGAGAUCCCAGUACAUUCCUGAGGAGGCCAGGAGCACCAUCAUGAACUUCUUCCGUAUUCCUCUCAACAUCUUUGUCUGCAUUGUGCUGUAUAAUGUUGAUGCAUUUCCGAUGACUGUUAUGUUUGGUAUGUGCUCGAUUUUCCUCUUUGUAGCAUGUUUCUUGCAGAGGCGCCUCAUGGCAAUUGCAGACAAGCCUAAGACUGAAGAUUGGGUAGCAAUGAAGGAAAGGGACAGCGAGGCAGAGCCAUUAAACAUAUAA